AUGCUCAUUGGAAGUCCACAACCGACAAGAUGCUUAAGUCAGAGAACUCAUCACGCAACAAGGGUCAACUCAUACCAGCAAGUAUCUGAUCUCUUGACAAAAUUCUGGGUUCAAGAAGAAGUUCCAGAGACUUCAGCCAGCCAACUCAGCCCAGAUGAUCAAUCGUGUGAAGAUCAUUAUGUUACGACUCAUUCAAGAGACCAAGAUGGGAGAUAUAUUGUGAGAAUACCACUAAAAGCAUCACCAUCUCUUCUAGGCAACUCAUCAGCAAGAGCUCAUCAGUGUUUACUACACAUGAUCAGACGACUCACAAAGAAUGACUCAUAUGCACAACUCUACCACAAUUUUAUGCGAGAAUAUGAGUCACUGAACCACAUGAAACGAGCCAAGGCAAGUCCAGUCAACUCUCCAGUGUAUUAUUUGCCUCAUCAUGGUGUCUUAAGAGAAGACAGUCUGACUACAAAACUUCGUGUAGUAUUUAAUGGCUCUAGUCCAUCUUCUAGUGGUCUAUCAGUGAACGAUAUUCAACAUACUGGUGCCAAAGUCCAGAAAGACAUUGCAGACGUACUCAUUUGGAUCAGACAGCAUAAAUUUGUGUUUACAUCAGACAUCACAAAGAUGUACAGGCAAAUCAAAGUCCAUCGAGAUGAUUGGGAUCUCCAGAGAAUCCUGUGGGUGGACGAGCACUCCAAGAUCAUCCCAUAUCAACUCACAACAGUCACGUAUGGUACCAGGUCAGCUCCAUUUCCGGCUGUUCGUACAAUGAUCCAGCUAGUAAAGGAUGAAGGUCAUAAGUUCCCUCUAUCUGUUGAUCCACUACUAAAAGGAAGAUAUGUGGACGACAUUUUUGGAGGUGCUGACACAGUGAGUCAACUGAUAGACAUCUCAACCCACGUCAGACAACUCUGCAUGGCAGGUGGCUUCCCGUUGGCGAAAUGGCACAGCAACUCACUUCAAUUCCUUCAAUCAAUUACAGACAACUCAUCAGAAGAGCAGAUCCACUCAUUUGAGAGCAGCAAAACGAAAUUACUUGGGCUCUCGUGGAUUCCAGCGAACGACUCAUUUAAGUUCAACUCAAAACCUCCUCGUGAGGAGUCCAAGCUCACAAAGAGAAUAAUUUUAUCAGAAACAGCACAACUCUACGAUACACUUGGAUUUCUAGCACCCUUCAUUGUCAGAGCAAAGAUGUUGCUACAAGAAAUCUGGCUAGAUAAACUUUCAUGGGAUGACCAAGCCCCAGAUCACAUCAUCACCAAGUGGAACAGCUUCAGAUCAGAACUCUCACACGUUUCAGACCUCUCAAUUCCACGAUGA